AUGUCUGAGCCGGUGAAGUUUGUGAAGAACACGGUGAUUGUUGUAUUUGGGGCCUCGGGGGACUUGGCGAAGAAGAAGACGUUCCCAGCGUUGUUUGGUCUGUUCAGAGAGGGAUAUCUGGACCCAAGUACUAAGAUUUUCGGGUAUGCCAGGUCGAAAUUGAACUUGCAGGAACUGAGAGAGAGAAUUGAGCCUUAUCUGAAGAAAACGCAUGGCGAGGCUGACAAUGUGAAGGUGGAGGAGUUUUUCAAGAUGAUCACGUACGUCUCAGGAGCUUACGACACUUCAGAGGGAUAUCAGAAGAUGUCGAAGCUGAUUGAAGAGUUCGAGAGCAGCAAAGAGGUACAGGAGCCGCACAGGCUGUUCUACUUUGCUCUGCCUCCAAGCGUCUUCCUUACAGUGGCGACUCACAUCAAGACAACGUUGUAUGCCGCAAGUGGCGUGACGCGUUUGAUCGUCGAAAAGCCCUUCGGCCACGACCUGGAGUCAGCAAGAGCCUUACAGAGGGAUUUGGCUCCCCUUUUUAAGGAGGAGGAAAUCUUCAGAAUUGACCACUACUUGGGUAAGGAGCUGGUCAAGAAUAUCCUGCUCUUGAGAUUCGGGAACACAUGUCUGAAUGCUUCCUGGAACAAAGAGAAUAUCCAGAGUGUUCAGAUCUCGUUCAAAGAGCCCUUUGGCACUGAAGGGCGCGGUGGCUACUUCGAUAACAUCGGUAUCAUCAGAGAUGUCAUGCAAAACCAUUUGCUGCAAGUACUGACUUUGCUGACAAUGGAAAGGCCGGUGUCUUUUGAUCCAGAAUCUAUUCGUGACGAGAAAGUCAAGGUGCUGAAGGCCUUUGCUCCAAUCGACAACGAAGAUGUCUUGUUAGGUCAGUACGGUAAGUCCGAAGAUGGUACUAAACCGGCAUAUAGAGACGAUGAAACCGUGAGCAAAGACUCUAAAUGUGUGACCUUUGCUGCACUCGCGUUCAAAAUUCAGAACGAACGCUGGGAUGGUGUUCCUAUGAUAAUGAGGGCCGGUAAGGCCCUCAACGAAGGUAAGGUCGAGAUAAGACUGCAAUACAAGGCUGUAGCUUCCGGUGUCUUCAAAAACAUCCCUAACAACGAACUAGUCAUAAGGGUUCAACCUAACGCCGCUGUUUAUUUGAAGUUUAAUGCCAAGACUCCAGGUUUAUCUAACGCAACUCAAGUGACCGAUCUGGAUUUGACGUAUUCAAGCAGAUACAAGGACUUCUGGAUUCCUGAAGCUUAUGAAGUUUUAAUCAGAGAUGCGUUGUUGGGUGAUCAUUCUAAUUUUGUCAGAGACGAUGAAUUAGAAAUCAGCUGGUCUUUAUUCACUCCGUUACUACAGUACCUGGAAAGCCCAGACGCACCAACUCCUGAAAUUUAUCCAUAUGGUUCAAGAGGUCCUCAUGGCCUAAAGGAUUAUCUAGCAAAGCACAACUAUCAGUUGCAAGAUAAAGUUUCUUAUAAAUGGCCGGUAACUCAACCAGAAGACUCAGAGCAACCAAAGUUGUGA